AAAAUUACAAAUAUAAUUUAAUGCUAUAUCGGCUAAGGCAGGCUCUCUUACAUCAUCUACCAGAUAAACCAGCAAUUAUGAUGGAACCUGUAGAACCUAACAAAGAAGAUUGUUGUAAUAGUGGCUGUAAUCCAUGUAUUUUUGAUGUGUAUGAAAAACAAUUGUUGUUGUAUAAAAGAUUUUUAAGAGGUGAUAAAAUCGUCAAACCUGUUCGAAACGCGAUAUCUCAACUUUCAUAUGCAAAAUUUUCAUUGACAAAGAGUGUUAAAGUGAGCAAUGUUCAUAAGCUUUUAUUAUUUCAACAAACACUGUUGGACAAUAAUUCUGAAGUACAUUGGAAUCCAGGAGAUCACUUCUUGCUUAAAUACACUGAUGAUUUUAAUAAUUGCAGUCGUGCCUUUAGUCCUUUAAAGCCAUCAUUGUGCUGUGAUGAUAAACAUGAAAUGGAGAAUAAUGAUUUUGCAAUUAUAGUAAAAAAAUAUGAUAAUGGCAUAGUUUCUAACUACUUAUAUAAUUUAAUACCAAACGAUAUUACUUUAUGGCGUGGACCUUAUGGUUCAUUUGAAAUAAAUUUAACUCUCAAUUGUAUUAUAAUGAUAGCUCAGGGAACAGGUAUACUUCCUUUCAUAUCUAUUAUAGAUAAGUACCUAGACAAUGAAGAUAAUUUAACUAAAAUAAUAUUAUAUUAUUGUUGCAAAAACUAUGAUGAAAUUUUAUUUAGGGAUAAGUUGUAUGCUUACAAAUGUUACUGGAAUUUCACAUACAAAAUUUUUUUAAAUCAUCAUUCUCCUGAUGAUAAACCAAAAUAUUUGGAGCCAAUAUUUAAUCAUAAAUUAAGAUCUACAAAUUUGUCUGAAUUGUUACCUUUGUCAGGUAAUGAUCAAUUUUUAAUAAGUGGCUCUACCUUGUUUAUGAGUGAAUAUCAACAGAGUAUUAAAACUCUUUGUCCUGUUGUAAAUAUAAAACUGUUUUGAUUUCCUAUGAUUAAAAUGUUAAAAAUAUAUACGUACUAAAAUUAACUCUUGAAAUUUGUUUUAUGAACGUAAAAAAAAAUAUAUAAUAUCAAAAUAAAAUGUUAACAUAUGUUUUCCUUUUCACCAAUACUGUAUGUAUAUUAAAUAUAACUUAUUAUAUAA